CAGUACGACAUUGCUCGCGAAUCUUUUGAGUGGGGAUAAUUUCAACUUCUUUUGUGUCGAGUAGCUGGGCAGACGCAAAUCGGAUACGUCAAAUUAAGUUUCUGUUUGAACGAAAACCUCACCUCAAAAUGAAAGUUUUGGCUUUGCUGGCGUUUGCUGCAGUCUUACUCGUUUGCACGUCUGCGUCUAACAUGUGCCGAACGAAAGAACCGUGUUCAGUGACCUACAAGACCAUUGGUUGCUAUAGAGACUCAAUCAGUGACCGUGUUCUCCCAAACUACAUCUACAAUGAGCGAGACAGUACGAUCUCUAAUUAUGGCGGUCGGAAAAUCGAAUGGCAUAACUGGAACAACUAUAUCGCAGAGUUUUCGUGUCGUUGUGCUAAGAAGGCGAAGGAACUGGGAUAUGACUUGUUUGGCGUUCAGUUCUAUGGUGAAUGUUGGGCUGGUAAAUCAGGCACCCAUACUUACAGUAGGCUUGGAGCGUCAGAGGACUGUUUGGGAGAUAACUACAAGGCAUGCACAAGCACAGAUCGGUACUGCGCUGGAAAACAUGAGACUAACUUUGUCUACGAGAUAAUCGAUAAUACUUGCAGCCUUGAUAUUGAGCAAGUUGGCUGUUAUAAAGACGCACACGUUGACGGAGCUAGACCUCUGGGWAACUAUGUCCUGAGCGACCGAGAUACAACAGUUUCUGUGUACAGUGGUCAAUCCAUCGAUUGGAGAAAUUACGACGUGUACUUGCCCGAUCUCAUUUGCAGAUGUGCGAAAAAAGCUAAAGAGAAUAAUGGAGAAUACUUUGGGCUGCAAUUUUAUGGGGAAUGCUGGACCCACYCUAAUGGUGGCAAUACCUUUGCGAGAGACCAUGCUGGAGACAACUGCGUUGAUGGUUGUUUCAAAGAAUGCGGGGGUAAAAAAUACUGUACUGGCCAACAAUUUCGAAACUAUGUUUACAGAAUAAAGGACUCUUCAAAUCAAGGGUGUGAUGUUUCACUCCAAUCUAUGGGAUGUUACAAUGAGGUCGUCAACGAUCGUGCAUUGGGUAAUGAGAUCAAGAAUAUUAUACCCGACAGUAAWCUCUUCUAUGGCGAACAAUAUACCAAGGGAGACUGGAACAGUUUUUUCCCAGGUUUCUUGUGCGCUUGUUCACGUGCUGCAAGGGCCAGAAGCUUUACAUACUUUGGCRUCAGUGAUUACGGUGACUGCUACGGCGGCAACAGUGGAUACGACAAGCACGGUUCCUCUUCGUCAUGUUCUGAAGGUCUAGUCUCAAACGCCACUUGCAGUCAAGGCUCAACGUUGUGCGCAGGAUCUGAAAAAACGUCCAUGUACGUCUAUAAGGUCCUUUCUGAAAAAAGGUCAAUAGCUGAUGAUGCUCAGCUUCCUGUCGAGCUCGACAAGGUACUCGGCAAAAGAAAUCAAAAAAGAAUGGCGAAAGGAKUUUUKCGCGAUUUCUAAGAAAACAAACAAGUCACAUCGUCGAAGUCAACCCAAAUCACGGCGUUUAGCAUUAAUUCUGUAGAAAUCGAGACUAUUGGUAAAUAUACAUAUAGCAGAGUAAUAUGAUAAUUGCAAAUAUCUUUAUCCAAGUAGGAUCUGAAUAAAUACACUCUAGCCACUGAAAUAUAUCAUUAUAUUGCAUUAUGGGUAAUUUUGUGACUUUCCCCUAUUUUUUCCUCGCUAAAACAGAUCUCAAAUCAUUCAAAUAGUUUGAAGUUAUGUUUAUUCGAGGUUAUUCCAACAUAAUCUGUAGUCUGACGAUACUAUUUAUAUAUUUAGAUAAGUUGGCGGAUAGAAUUCUUCAACUGACUGUAAUCAGCAGAGAAAAAUUAUUGCUUUUCACUUCAAAGUGAUUUUUAACCCUCUUUUUUCUGUAUAAAUUACCCACAAUGCAUCCUUGUAUGUAUAUAUACAUGUUGUUGACUUUUACAGAGAUUUUGCAAAACGCUGUAUAUGUUCUAAACGUUUAAAUUUAAAGCUUAUUUGAAAAAAGGUUUUUAUGGAGUUCGAUUAGCACGAUUAGGUACUACGGGUAUUAAUUAUUGCUGGCAAAAUAUUCACCCAGAAGGAAGUCAAUUAUUAGGGAUUUUUCUUGAAAAGAUGAGUAAGUGGUGAGWGAGUGAGUGAAGCUUCGGCCAUUUAAUUUCCAUACUUUACAGGAACCUUUUUUGAAAUGGCUGAAUAGAGUGGUUAACUAUAGAGUCAAGAUUAACCGAAUUAUUUUAGCUAUAGCUCUUAUAAAAACACGCUUUUUWACUUUUUAAACCUGCUGAACCGGUUUUAAACUUGUUAAACUUGUUUUCAGGCACUUUGGUCAAACCAUWAUACACCUUCUAAACUUGUCAAACGGGUUUGAUAUACCGGUUUGGUUAGAAUUGCUAUCGUAAAUUUCAAGAAACCUUUAAUCUAAACAUUAAAAUUUAACUUAAAUUUUAUUUUUAAAUUUGUGUUGACUUCGGMCGUACCUGAACCGGAACUUCUAAAUAAGACAGAAAAUUAACAUUGCAGUUAAAUUUGUAGUGAAUUUUAAUUAAUUCUAAUGAUUAAUUGAGAUUAAAWACUAAAAUUAGAAAAAUUGAAACAUGCAAACGUGAAAUAAAGAUUGUCAAAUAAAUGACUUUCUGAAAAAAA